CCAACUGCUGCUAGUCUCCGAAAUCCAUUUAUUCUCAACUGGUGAAUCGGGUGACGGAGUGUGUAGAAUACGUGUUUGUAACUUCUAGACGAGCGCACGAUUUUAUGUUAAGUGAUAAUACAUAUUGUAUCGGUUAAAGAGACUGAGUGUAGUGAUUGGUGUGAAGUUCGCGGUUGGUUUAGUAUUGUUUCUGCUCAACCGCCGGUCAGCAUUAUCGCAAUUCCAUUACUAACAAACGCUGCGGAAGGUUUGUGCUGAGGUAUCUGCUGAGAAUAGUUUUUUCACAUUGUUAGGAAAAGCUAUUCCACAGUUCUCGGCAUUAUUGUUUAAUUUCAGAAUUAAACAAGGUGAAAUAAUUUCCUUGUUAAAAAUGGCUGCAACAACGUUCGAAAUGGACGGAAGUGUAAUGGAGGGGGGGGGUCAGAUAUUGAGAGUGUCCGCUGCACUGAGUUGCAUCCAUGGCGCCUCUAUCAGAAUAAACAAAAUCCGAGCAGGUAGAAGUACACCAGGAUUAAGGCCUCAGCAUCUGUCAGGGUUGGAGCUGCUGAGGGACAUGAGUGGGGGAAAUCUGGAGGGUGCCAUCGUCGGAUCUACAGAAAUCACACUGACCCCUGGCAAAAUUAAGGGUGGGAAUCACAUUGCAGACACCCAGACUGCGGGGAGCGUGGGAUUGCUGAUGCAGGUGUCCCUGCCAUGUGCACUGUUUUCUGACGGCCCCUCUGAGCUCUGUCUGAAGGGUGGCACGAAUGCAGAGAUGGCUCCCCAGAUUGACUACACCAUGAAGGUGUUCAAGCCCAUUGUGGAGAAAUUCGGAGUGCAUUUUGACUGUGAUCUCAGAAUGAGAGGGUACUAUCCCAAAGGUGGAGGUGAGGUGGUGGUGAAAGCCAACCCCGUUAAGGAGCUGAGUCCCAUCAGCAUGACAGAGAGGGGAAACAUCACCAAGAUCUAUGGCAGGGCCUUUGUGGCAGGCGUGCUGCCGUUCAAGCUUGCGAAGGACAUGUCGACAGCAGCCGUGCGGACCAUCAGGAAGGAGAUCAAGGACUUGUACAUCAACAUCCAGGCCUUGCAGGAAAAGGACAAAGCCUGCGGCAAUGGCAAUGGAAUCAUUAUUAUUGCAGAGUCUUCCACUGGCUGCAUAUUUGCUGGCUCCUCCUUAGGCAAGAAAGGGGUGUAUGCAGACAAGGUCGGGAUGGAGGCUGCCGAGAUGCUACUAAGGAACAUCAGACACAAUGGCUGUGUGGACGAGUUCCUACAGGACCAGCUCAUCAUCUUUAUGGCACUGGCAAAGGGCACAUCUAGAAUCCGGACCGGACCCCUCACCCUGCACACGCAGACUGCCAUCCAUGUGGCUGAGCAGCUCACCAAGGCCAAGUUUGUAGUGACCAAGGCAGAGGACGAACUCUCCAACAGCGACACCUUCAUCAUUGAGUGCCAGGGAGCAGGUGUCACCAACCCCAACUUCUAGCCAUCCCUUACCCCACCCGUCGGCCUUGCCUUCCGCUGUCACAGAACGGGGUCACCUGAGCGCCUCUGAUGACAGAAGGACUGUAGCAGAAACACUACUGUGAUGUAACUGGUUUGUAAACUCAAGCUGGAAGAGUGAAGAGCAAAGGACAUGCAGCUGCAUUAAUUCCGGGCUUUUUUUUUCUCCCUCUCCCCCGUAUUAUUUGAACAAAUGCCUUGAAAGCCAGCCAUCCAAAACCCCCAACGGCUUGCGUUAAUUACCGUUACCCUCUUAGCUUGUGUUACUCAGGGUAUUGCCUUAUGCUGUAAUAAAACUAUUCUUUGAAUUUCACUGUGAACUGUUUGUUCUACUACAGCACCUCACCGUAAAGUGGGAACAGUAGCCAUAAUCGGAGAUCUGGGAAUUUUUUUAUUUUUUUUGGAAAUGGCCACCUCUUUCAUUCAUUUGUCACAAGACCCCCGUUGAAUCAGCAAAACUCC